AUGUUGUUUGGUGUGAAAUUAGUUAAUGAGAUGUAUCCUCCUUGGAAGGAUUCUUAUAUUAACUAUGAUCAUUUGAAAGAUUUACUUAAGGAAAAAGAAGUCACUAAUGCAACUGCUGCAGACACGUGGUCCGAAAGAGAUGAAUCAAAAUUUGUUGAAGCAUUAGAUAAAGAAUUAGAAAAUGUUUAUUCUUUCCAAAUUCAAAAAUAUAAUAAUCUUUUAGAUAAAUUAAUCAAUUUAGAAAAACAAACAUCUUCAGAAGAAAAGAUUAAAAGUAUUGAUCCAGAAAAUUUUCAACGUAUUCUUGAAGAUUCCUUAACAGAAGCUCAAGAAUUAGAUAAUUUUUCAAGAUUAAAUUUUACGGGAUUCAUUAAGAUUGUUAAGAAACAUGAUAAAUUACAUCCAAAAUAUCCAUCGGUUAAAUCUUUAUUGGAAGUUAGAUUAAAAGAAUUACCAUUCCAUUCAGAAGAAUAUUCCCCUUUAUUAUAUCGUAUUUCUUAUCUUUAUAAUAUUUUAAGAGGAAAUUUCAGCACUGUUUCACAAUCUUUAGCAAGUACUUCAAAACUAUCAAAUGUUGCGUCUGUUGAACCAUCAAAUACAGAAUAUAAGAUUUAUAAAUUUUGGAUUCAUAAAGAUAAUUUAAUGGAAGUCAAGACUAGAAUUCUACGUCAUUUACCUGUGCUAGUAUACGCUCAAACUCCAACUGAAAAUGAUGAUUUAAUUGAUAAAUUUGAAUCUGAAAUAUUAGAUACUGAUGGUGGUAUUCAAUCUUCAAAUUCAAGUCCUGUCACAAGUGACAGAAAAUUAGGCCAUAAUUCUUUAGAUCCAAUGAUUACUACUUUGUAUUUCGAUAACGAAUUCUUUGAAUUAUACAAUAAUAAAUUAUUGAAAAGUAGUAAUGCUCCCACUUUAAGAUUAAGAUGGACUGGUAAAUUAGUUGAUAAGCCUGAUUUAUUUUUGGAGAAAAAAAUGGUUGCUGAUGGUAAUAAUAACAAUGAUGAUGAUCAACCUGCUCAUUUUGAAGAAUUAAGAUUAAAAAUGAAACAAAAAUAUUUAAAUGGUUUCGUCUUUGAUGGUGAAAAGAAAUAUGAAGAAUCUGUCCUUAGAAGAAUGAAAGAAAGUGGUUCUCCAAACUCUACUAUUGUUAAGACCCAAUCAGAUUUCGAAACUAUGCAAAAAUUCAUAAUGGAAGAACAACUUCAACCUGUUAUGAGAACAAUGUAUACAAGAACUGCGUUCCAAAUCCCAGGUGAUGAUAGAAUUAGAGUCACUAUCGAUUCAGAUAUCCUAUACAUUAGAGAAGAUUCAUUUGAUAAGUCAAGACCUGUUAGGGACCCAAAGAGUUGGCAUAGAACUGAUAUUGAUGCAGAUGUCUCAAACCCAAUGAGGUUCUUACGAUCGGGAGAAUAUGCGAAAUUUCCAUUUUCUGUUAUGGAAAUUAAGAUUAAAGAGAUUAACUCAGAAAGGAAUUCUUUUGCCGGUAAAUCAAUAAUGUCUAUGGAGAAAUUACCAAGAAAACAUGGUCAAUGGUUAACCGAAUUAACUAAUUCUCAUUUAGUAAAAGAAAUUCCAAAAUUUUCAACUUUUAUUCAAGGUAUUGCUACGCUUUUCGGAGAAGAUGAUAAAUUAGAUAUCCUACCAUUCUGGUUACCUGAAUUAGAAAAUGACAUUAGAAGAAAUCCAAAACAAGCCUAUGAAGAAGAAGAAUUGAAAUUGAAAAAACAAAAAGAAAUCCAAAAGAGAUUAGAUGGAAUGAGAAGAUUAUCAAAGAUUCAAAAACAGCCACCUUCAUUAAAUGAAUUUGAUUCAGAAUUGGUUCAACGAGAAAACAAUAUCAUUAAUCCAAAUGGUACUACCGAUACAGUGAACCCAAUUUCAUACGAGGCUGACUUAGAGGAUUAUGAAUCAUCCGAGGAUGAGGAUGAGGGUCAAUCCGGCAGAAGAACACAACUAAAGAAGGGUGUCAGAAGAAUUCCAAAAAAGAACCAAACCACUGAGGCUAUCUUUUUAAAUAUUUUGGCUGGUAGAGAGUCUAAAUUAACUGGAUUUGAUUCAGAAGAAGAAGAAAUUAUCUUACCUGCUGGUGUAAGAAAACCAACCAGUUAUAUUAAAAAUGCUGGUCCUGUUAAAGUUGAAGCUAAAGUUUGGUUGGCCAAUGAACGUACUUUUAAUAGAUGGUUGAAGGUUACUACAUUAUUAAGUGUUUUAACAUUCUCUAUUUAUAACUCGGUUAGAAAAGCCGCUUUUCCAAAAUUGGCAAAUACUCUGGCGUAUAUAUAUUUUGGCCUAACUAUCUUUUGUGGUCUAUGGUCUUAUAAAACUUAUAUGGAUAGAUUGAAGGUGAUAAAGGAGAGAAGUGGUAAACACUUAGAUGCUCCAUUAGGACCUAUCAUUGUUGCUGUUGUAUUGGCAUUUACUUUGAUUGUAAAUUUCUUAGUCGCAUUCAGAGAUGCUGCGACGAGGAAGAACCAAGCGUUUGCUACGUCAACAGUUAAUGGGCAAUCUGAAGAACUAUCAAAACCCCUACAAUCAAUUCAAAAUUUUAUAUUCCAGUUGGUUGGCGCAGAACAAAACUAA